AUGCUGAAUUCAGUCAACAUGGACAUUGCGAGGAUCUUGAUUAGAACUCUGCACGAUAAAGUUCUUGAUGAUUUCAUGAAGGUUAAGAUUGAUGAAUCUGUGUACACGAUCAGAUUGGUGGAAGAUUCUUAUGGCCCUUUGAGGAUCAAUCUAGUGAAGAAAUGGGGGAGAUUGGUGUCUUCUGAUGAAUCAUUGGAAUCUAAGUUUGGUUGGAGUAAUCAGGGGGAGGAGAAUUCGGUUGAUGCUGAUAAUAAUCAGGUAUCUGUUAUGUUAGGGAAUGGUAUCAAUUUAGGCAAGGGGCACAACAGUAACAGUGACGUUUUCUCUAAUCCAAAAUCUCAGGAUUGUAAAGAAGCAAAGAAAUUUUCCAGGCACUGUAAGGCGGGUAAAGGGAAGGGGGAUGAUUUUUUCAAUGAAGCUCUUGUAGAGGUUAGUGAGGAGGGAUUAGAUGUUAAGGUUGAAGGCGUGAAAUUUCAACCAUCAAUUUUAUUUCCUGAAGUUUCUAUUAUAGAAGAAUUCAAUUUUGUUGAUACUUUCUUCAAAAAUCAAUCUAAGAAAACCAAUGCCAAAAUACCUCUGAUUACUAAGAGGGUCACUAAGAUGAAGAACAUUUAUGAGGUAGGAGGAGCGAAGUCUUUGAAGAAUAAGAGGUGGAAGAAGAUAAUUCAGAAAGAUGUCUCAGACCCGAUUUCAUGUUUCAAUGAUUCUGUGAACCAUAUUCAGAGGAUUUAA